CAUGUGUCCAGUUUCUAAGUGUACACUUUUACACUACAUUAAAUGGAGGAUCCAAUGUCAGAAAUGUCCAUGAUACCUUUUGCAUCACCAACAGAGUCUUCCAGGAGCAACUCUAUGGAUGACAGCCAAGAGGGUAAAAGCCCUGCUCCUGGCAAGGUCCUGAAUUUGGGAAUUCUCUGUAAAGUGUGUUCUGACACUAGCAGCGGGAAACACUACGGGAUAUAUGCUUGCAAUGGUUGCAGUGGCUUUUUCAAGCGAAGUGUGAGGCGCAGACUCAUCUACAGAUGUCAAGCUGGUACAGGCAUGUGUCCAGUGGAUAAAGCCCAUCGGAAUCAGUGCCAGGCCUGUCGUUUAAAGAAAUGCCUUCAAGCUGGCAUGAACAAGGAUGCUGUUCAGAAUGAGCGUCAGCCCCGCAGCACUUCUCAAGUCAGGUUAGAUGCUCUGGAUGUGGGCAAUGACAAGGAACACCUCAUCACCACCCUGGAGCCCACCUCCUCGUCCACCUGCACUGUGAUCAACCGCCCACUUCUGGGCUCCAACAUCAGCUCCAGCAUCAGCUCCACAGAUACUAGCCAGCAUUCCAACAGCCCCAAGAAUGGACAUCGCUUCAUGGCCAGCCUGAUGACAGCUGAGACCUGCGCUAAGCUGGAACCAGAGGACGUGGAUGAGAACAUUGAUGUGACCAGUAAUGAACCUGAAAGGAGUUCUCCGGAGUAUGGCAGUGCUCUCUACCCCUCACGUGGACCAGAGAGUGUAUAUGAGACCUCAGCCCGCCUACUCUUCAUGUCUGUUAAAUGGGCCAAGAACCUGCCGGUGUUUUCCCAUCUACCAUUCAGAGACCAGGUGAGAGUCUAUUAUUUCUCACUCUACUACCACCAGAUGAGCAUUUUCUGACUGGAUAA